AUGUCUGAAAUAUUAGACCAGGAUCACGAUUAUGAAGCUUUACCGAAAAAUUCUUCAUUAGCCGUGAAUUUGACAGCUGGUGCCUUGGCUGGAAUCGGUGAACAUACUGUAAUGUAUCCAGUAGAUAGUAUAAAGACUCGCAUGCAAAUAAUAAAUCCAACUCCUCAAGCCGUAUAUACUGGUGUUGCGAACGCUUUUUCUCGUAUUUAUACAACUGAAGGGGUUCGAACCUUAUGGCGGGGUGUUAACUCUGUAGUUUUAGGUGCAGGUCCAGCACAUGCUUUAUACUUUGGAACUUAUGAAAUAUGUAAAGAUCUAUUUGGUGCUAAUAUAGGAGAAGGGCAUCAUCCAAUUGCUCAUGGAGCAGCUGGAGCAUGCGCGACAAUAGCGAGUGAUGCAUUAAUGAAUCCAUUUGAUGUGAUCAAACAACGAUUACAGGUUCAUGGGUCAGCAUAUAGAAAUGUUCUAGAUUGCGCUCGUACUGUAUACGCCAAGGAAGGAUUAAUAGCAUUUUAUGUAUCUUAUCCAACUACGCUCACAAUGACAAUUCCAUUUCAAGUAUUUCAAUUUAGUUCAUAUGAAUAUUUUCGUAAAGUUUUAAACCCUGGUGGAAAUUAUGAUCCAAAAACUCAUGUGAUAGCUGGAGGAUUAGCUGGUGCAAUAGCUGCUGCUGCCACCACUCCAUUAGAUGUAGCUAAAACUUUAUUACAAACUAGAGGAAAUUCUUCAGAUUUACGUGUACGGAAUUGUAAUGGAUUAUCAGAAGCAUUUAAAUACAUUUAUGAAAAAUAUGGAUUAACAGGAUUUACAAGAGGGAUGAAACCAAGAGUAUUAGCUCAUAUGCCAUCAACAGCUAUUUGUUGGUCGGUUUAUGAAUAUUUUAAAUGGUUCAUUACGAAACGAAAUAAAGAGAUACCCGAAACGUUACUGGAAUUAAUGGAAACGGAGAAUUCAGAAGCAGAACAAGAACAACCUACACCUGAAAUAAUCGAUGAUAUUUUAGAUUUUAAAACUGAUAAAGGUACAGUCUCAGAUCCCAGAAGUGUAACUUUUACUAUAAUUGGUGAAGAUCAUACUUUAGGGAAUGCUUUACGUUAUACGAUAAUGUUAAAUCCAGAAGUAGAAUAUUGUGGUUAUUCAAUUCCACAUCCAUCAGAAGAAAAGCUUAAUUUACGUAUUCAAACUACUGCAUUGAGUAAAGGCCUUGAAGAUUUAAGAACAAUGUGUGAUUACAUUAAAGAAAAAUUUAUUAAAACAAAUUUAAAAUUUGAUAAAAAAGAUUUCACAUGA